UUAAGUUUUAAAGUACAGAAUCCUAGCAUUUUGCCACCAAAACCAUAUUUUUAUUUUCUUUUGCCACAAAAUUCAGUGCAUGCAUGGAAGAACCAAAUACUAGCGGCAGUCAUGGUGGCGGUGCUGCCACCUCUGUCUACCGAGGGGUCCGCAAGAGAAAAUGGGGGAAAUGGGUGUCGGAAAUCCGAGAACCCGGGACGAAAACCCGGAUUUGGUUGGGCAGUUUCGAGACUCCGGAAAUGGCCGCUGCCGCCUACGACGUGGCGGCGCUUCAUUUCCGUGGCCGAGAUGCCAGGCUUAACUUCCCUCAGUUGGUCAAUAGUUUGCCUAAGCCGUUGAGCUCAAAUCCCGAUGACGUACGCAUGGCAGCACAUGAGGCUGCUUUGCGUCUAAGAAGUAGUAGUGCUUCUCCGGUGGUGGCGGACGUGGCGGAUUACGGCGGUAGCAGCUCCGGCUCGAACAUGGGACCAAUCACCGUAAGGUUGUCUCCUAGCCAAAUUCAGGCGAUCAACGAGUCGCCGUUGGAUUCGCCGAAGAUGUGGAUGCAAAUGGCUGAGGCUCUAACGAUGGAGGAGUCGCUGAUGUUCUCCAAUGAGACUAAUGAAGAGAACGAGUGGGAGGAUAUGCAAAAUGAAUCUCUUUGGGAUCCUUAAUUAGGUAAAGUCCAAAAAAAAAAAAAAAAAUGACAACCAUUAUAAUAUGGAUAUAAAAUAUAAGUUUGACUUCUAUUUUACUUAGGGAACGUAGUGUCACACAUCUUUUAUGAAAAAAAUAAAAAAUAAAAAAUAAAAAACGCAGUGUCACACAUAGGUACACUUGAAUUAAAAUUAAUGCGUUAUUGAAAUUAACUAAUUUGGUGAUCAAAGAAUAUUGAGAUUUGUAGGUUGAAAUGAAGUCUUAUUAUUAUUAUUAUUAUUAUUAUUAUUUUGGAGAAUAAUUUAGUUUGAUUGUUUGCUACCAAUAUUCAUAUCAAGAUUGGAGUGGCAUUUAUAGGGUUUGCCAUGGAUCUAAAUAAUGUACUUGCAGCAGAUUUAAAAUGAUUCUGUUUGAUGGAAUAGUGGCAGAUAGUGGGCCUUUUUGGUUUUUUGGGGGAGGCCCAUUUGUACUCUGAUUAUCUCUUUAGGGGGCCAAGAAUCUAAGAUUGUUUGCUCCAUUUUACUCAGCUAUUCAAAAGGGUGUGUAAUAGUAUUUGCAUUUUGAAUGAUCAGUGUAUUUU